GCCCGGUCGAGGGGGCGGCGGCAGCUGUAGGAAACGGGAGGCGGAGAGCGGGCGGCGGCGCUGCUCAGUUCGGGCCGCGCCGCGGGAGGGAGAAAGGGUGGGAGGAGGGAGAAGGGCUAGGCAGCGCCGUGCGCUCCGCCCGGCCCCAUGCCCGGAGAUCCGCAGGACGGCCCCUGAACACGGGCGCCCCAUUGGUGCCCCCCCGCCCCGUUGGCACCAUUGCCCCGACGGCGCGACCGGGCGGCCCGGCGCUUGCUAGGCUCCGCGCCGGGAGGAAGACGCUGCUGGCGGCCGCAGUGGGAGUGGUGAUGCUGCUGGUCCUGGUCGUGCUGAUCCCCGUGCUCGUCAGCUCUGGCGGCCCCGACGGCCACUAUGAGAUGCUGGGCACCUGCCGAAUGGUGUGCGACCCCUACCCGGCUCGAGCCCCGGGCUCCACCACUGCUGCACGCCCGGACGGUGAACCCCUGAGCGAGCACAGUGGCGCACCCCCGCCCUCCACUCUGGUGCAGGGACCCCAGGGGAAGCCUGGCAGAGCCGGGAAGCCUGGACCCCCAGGACCUCCAGGAGAUCCUGGCCCCCGGGGCCCUGUGGGCCCCCCUGGGGACAAAGGUGAGCCCGGGAAACCAGGUCCCCCUGGGCUCCCGGGCCCUGGGGGCAACGGUGCCAUCAGCACGGCCACCUAUACCACGGUGCCCCGGGUGGCCUUCUACGCGGGCCUGAAGAAUCCCCACGAGGGCUACGAGAUCCUCAAGUUCGAUGACGUGGUCACCAACCUGGGGAACAAUUACGACGCGGCCAGCGGCAAGUUCACGUGCAACAUCCCUGGCACCUACUUCUUCACCUACCACGUCCUGAUGCGAGGAGGGGAUGGCACCAGCAUGUGGGCAGAUCUCUGCAAGAACGGGCAGGUCCGGGCCAGCGCCAUCGCCCAGGACGCUGACCAGAACUAUGACUAUGCCAGCAACAGCGUGAUUCUGCACCUGGAUGCUGGGGACGAGGUCUUCAUCAAGCUAGACGGCGGCAAGGCGCACGGCGGGAACAGUAACAAAUACAGCACCUUCUCCGGCUUCAUCAUCUACUCCGACUGAACCCGGGCAGGGCGGGGUGAGGGCAGGGCGUCUCUCCCUCCCUUACGCCUCCCCGAUCCCUUCCCACCUAAGCCACGCCCGAAAGGCAACCUCAGAGCUACCCUCACACCUGGACCAGACGGGUGGAGAGGGCGGAAUGUCCCUGGUCUCUUUUUGCCUCCUUCCCCGCCCCCACCUCCCCAGCCAGACACCGAAAGGAAAGGAGGGGCUAGGGGGGUGGAGGAUGGAGGCAGCCUCAGCCUGCUGUAACACCUGGAACCUUAGGGGCCACCAGGUGCGCGGCCACAGAACAGGGCCCCCGGGUAGCUCCCGCUCACAGACAGCCCCUUUGGUCCCUGGGCUGUGAAGACCUCCACCCCUUCUGCACUGUAUAUAUGUAUAAUACGACUGGAUAUUGUCUCGGGAGUGCCGCGUACCCCUCCCAAUUCUCCUAAUCCCGGGGGAAGGCUGGGGAGGAGAAAUUAUCAGAAAGGUAAGCCUCUCCUCUACAGAGGCUCCUCCAGCUCCCUGACUCUCGCUCCGGGGAGGUUAAGGUGGGGGGUGCCCCAGACAGCCUUCCUCAUCUCCCUAUCCUCUUGCCCCCAGCGAUACCCAAAGCCCCCGGCCCGGCUCCGCCGCGCCCCUUUUGACCAAAGCUAUAAUAAAAACACACACGUCCAUCCCGUUGGCUCCUCCUCCCGUCGGCCCAGGGGAGGCUGAGUGAGAGAAGGGUGGAAGGGGGCGCGGUGUGGCCUUGACCCUGACCCUUGAGAGAUGGAGAAGAGGUGAAGGUGAGGCCUGAUACCUGAGUGACAAGCGAAUUCUUUGUGAAAGCAAGAGUUUGCACCAGGUGAUUUCUUCCGGCGCUGAUCUAUGGUUCAAAUGAUCUGGGCUUUGACAACAGUUUCCUCUUGAGACCCAAGAUACUGGAGAGAAGCACACUACUUAUUCUCCUUUACCCUGGCAGGGCUUCUAGAGAUCAUCUUGUCCAUUCUCUGCCUUUAGACCAGAGCAAACCCAUACAGAUGAAUGGGCCUUCUGCUCAUCUUGCAGGGGUCCUAUUUUUCCCCCACAACCAAAGAGAAAUGUGAGUCAUCCAGGGCAAAGAACUCACAUGGGGAGAUACACAAAGGGAGAGAGGGGUGUGGAAGUCAGUUCUUCCACCUAAAGAGAUUAUUUCAGUUAUCAAGUCUAAGAUAGAACAUUUGGCCAUUUAAACCCAACUCCACCAUCAGCAGGUCCAGUCUGCAAGGCAGGAAAAAAAAAAGUCUGGUACAGUGGUCAAUGCUAUUGUCAUUACUCCUCAUUCUUUCUUUUAAAGAAAUUACUGAUGCCCUUUGGUUUCUAUAUCAAUUCAUUUCCAGAUAUAUCCUCACCCCCCCCUUCUACCUACCCUUUCAGGAAUACAUACAUACAUGCAUACAUAUAUACACACAUAUGUGUGUGUUGCCAGUGUACCACACCCAGAGCCCUUCCCCUUUCUCCCACCUCUGAAAUGAGGGAGGUGCAUGGUGUCAACUCUUCUCUAGGGCCAAGCUUGAUUAUUCACACAGCAUUCAGUUUCAUAUAAAUACUCUUCUACAUUCUUAAUAUUCCUUGUUUCUUUCACACAUCAUAAUUUGUUUAGUCAUUCUCUAAUCAAUGGAUGCCUACUUUGUUUUCACCACUAUGAAGUGCUGCAAUUAAUAUUUUGCUAUGUAUAGGACCAGAAAAGUCUUAGGAUAUAUGCCUAGAAGGGGGGACUCUCUGAGUCAAAAGGUAUGGACAGUUCAGUUAAUUUCUUAGCAGAACUCCAAUUUACUUACUAGAAUGGUUGGAACAAUUCAUAGUUCCACUUAGAGUGUAUUAGUGUGCCUUUCUUUCCACAAGCCCUCUAACAUCGACUGUUGCCAUCUUUUGUCAUCUUUCACAAUUUUCUAGGGGUGAGAGGAAGCCUCAGGAAUAUUUUAAAUUAGCAUUUUUCUUAUUUGGAGCAAUCUGUCAAAUGUUAAUAGUUUGCAAUUCAUCUUUUUAGACCUGUUUAUUCAUAUUUUUUACCACUUUUCUAUUGAUGAAUGGCUCAUCAUCAUCUAUAUUUGUGUUAAUUCCUUAUAUAUCUUGGAUAUCAGACCCUCACUAGAGAUGUU